CUUCUUCUUGUUUCUUAUGUUUCCUCUUUAACAAUGGAUUCAAUAGUGUCAGCAGCUGUAACAGAGAUAUGUUCACAAGGCAUUAAUGGAAUUCUCCUCAAAGGUUUAUGGCCAACAUUACAAGAUACUCUAUCUUCAUCUGGUCUUAUAGUUUAUGUGAUACUAGUGUGAAAACCACAAUUUAUGAUCGGCUUGUUAAAAUGCCUGGUCUUGAAUUCAAAGGUUCUUCCACUACUGUUACUAAAAAAUCAUCAUCAUCAUCUAUAUGUAUUUCUUCAUUUGGAAAAAAUUGUUGUUUUCAAGAAGCUGAGAAAUUAGGGUUGAGAAUUGUUGCUGCUGAACAUCUUAGAGACAGUUUUGUUGGUCUUUAUGAUCUUAAAGCUGCUGAUGCUGGUAUUUCUGUACCUCAAAGACGUAACCUUGAAAGACUUGCUCGUGCUAGAAGUGCUGGAGUAACACAAAGUCAACUUGCUAAGGAAUUUGGCAUGAAAGGAAAUAAUAUUUUCUAUGUGGUGAGGAACUUGGAAUGCCAAGGGUUGGUUGUUAGGCAAUCAACUAUGGUAAGGACAAAAGAAUCUGCAAUGGAGGGAGAAAGUGUCUCAAAUAACACUUCCAUUGUCCACACCAACUUGAUUUAUUUACAUCGUUAUGCUAAGCAUUUAAGUUCUCAACAAAAACUCGAAAUCACGAAAAGAGAUGCGAUGGAGAGUCCAAAGCGUGCGGAAGAAAGUACCUCAAAUGGGGAUGCGGCCAUAGGAGAUCAUGUCAUUGAAGAUGUUCUUGUAAUGGAUUAUAUACCAGCGUUGAAAGCUGUUUGUGAUAAACUUGAAGUCGCCAAAGACAAGGUACUGGUUGUCUCAGAUAUUAAACAGGCUCUUGGUUACCGGGGGGAUCGCGGACAUAGAGCUUGGAGAAACAUCUGCAAACGGUUGAAAGAUGCUGGUCUUGUUGAGGAGUUGAAUGGAGAAGUGAACGGGAAGGUUGGAAGGUGUAUGCAGUUAUUGAAAAAAUUUAAUCAGAAGCAACUUGAGGCAAAACACGCUGUAUGUGGAGCUGAUGAUUUCAACUCAAACCGGCAAGUGAAAUCUGGAAAUAGAGGCCAAGUAAGCGCACAGAUUUUUGAGCUUCCAAUCGAGCAUCAACUGCAUGAUAUGAUUGCCGCCGAAGGAACAAAGGGUAUAACGAUUAAUGAGAUCUUGAAGCGACUAGGGCUUGGUAAUAAGAGAUAUUAUAUUCGUCUUCUCAACAUGUUCUCAAGGUUUGGGUGUCACCUGCAAUCUGAGAGCCACAAUAAGUCCAAGCUCUAUCGAGUUUGGACAUCUGGAAACUUCAGUAGUUCCUUGUCCACUCUUCCGAGUAAACUGACAGAUGUUGCCGAUGUAGUUGAGCCAUCCUCGCAAAGCAAAAAGGUUCUGGAUCAUCAUGAUAAAUCAGAUGAGGAGACGCUGCCGUUAGAUUCCUUGACCAUUAACGAAGAGUCCGCCCCUGAGAAAGUGGAAAGUGAACAGAAAGGAAGAGAACCUUUCUGUAGCCCUGGUGCAAAAACUGAGAAUAAACGGAUGGUUAUCAGCGGAAGUCAUCCAAAUGAUUUUGCUAGUUCGGGUGGGAAUGCAGAACUUGAUUUAGUGCAAAAUGAAUCAAAUUUUGUUCCAUCAGACACACCUCCUUCCUCAAACCAUUCCAGGGUUCGAUCAUAUCAACAGUACCCGUGUCUUACGCUGACCCCUGCUAGUUCCCAGAGGGAGCAAAGGCUACUCGAACGGAUUCAGGUUUUUACAGUCUUUUUACUUGUAUCUUUUAUCUAAUUGUGCUUCUUUAUUUUUUUUUAGCCUCACCUCGACCCCCUAGCCCCUCAACUUUUUGACUACUACCACCGU